ACAAUUAUCCGCGAAAACGAGGGCCGUCCCUUUAGAUGCCUCCUGUUCUGUGCCACUCCGGUGGAUGCCUUCCGCCGAGAGGAAAAGAAGCGCUUAGUUCCAUUUCGUUGCCGCGAACUGAAGGAGAGCUAGCAUGUAUCCCGCGCCCAGACCCGCGCCGCGACGGGCACACGCGAGCCAGCAGCAGCAAGGCCAGCACCGUGCGAGAUAGGGAGGGUGGGAAGGAAGGAGAUGGGUUGCUAUCCCCUGCGCGUGAUCGUCUCCAAAGCGCUUGGGAAAUGCAACGAGAGCUCGCGCCUGGUUCACGGAUGCCUUUCUUCUUUCGAACCAUUCUCAAGCAGGAGGCAGCUUUGACCUUCCUUCUGCGCUGUUCUUUCUGGCAGAGUGUCGUUAUGCACCAGUGCUAGAGACCUCUUGUCUUUCUCAAGAUAGGUUUCCGUCGCUACAAUUCAGUUCUACCUCUGCUACUAGUUUUUUCUUUGCGGCGCGAACGAUGGAUGGAGGACCAGAGGAUGGACUACGCCAUGGCAUACCCUCCCGGCCCACACCCAGAGACGCUCUACAUGCGGCCCGUGGCGCGCACCGUCACCUUCAGCGGCACCAACUCCGUGCACAUGAUCCCGCCAAACCCGCCACCACAGCAGCAGCAACACCCAGAGCCCCAAGCGCCACCGCCCCAGCACGAGCCCCAGCCGCAGCCCGAGCAGCCCGCUCCCGCGCCGGAGCAAGGCGCGCCGCCGCCCGAGCAGCAGCCGAGGCAGCCGAAGCGAGGCAAGAAGAAGCCGCCGCGCCGCGUCCGGUUCGGUCCCGAGCCACCGCCACCGCAGCAGCAGCAAGAAGAACACCAGGAGCAACAGCAGCAGCAGCCGGAGCACGCGCCGAGCAGCAACCCGGGCAACGGCGCGCCGGGCCACCACGGCCAGCAGGGCCGCGGGCCGCCGGGGUACCUGAGGUACACGCCGUCGCCGCUGCCGAGGUGGGAGGCGACGCCGAGGCGGCACGAGUACUUCUCCGGGGAGUACCGGUACAGCUACCCGACGCCGGUGCGCGAGGGCAUCUACAGCAUGGCCACCGACGCCAACCGCCUCACCACCAUCUUCAGCGAGGAGAACCCCAACGCCUGCGCCAUCGUCUGACUCUGACCCUGAGCGCUUGAAGUCGGCCGGCCGGCCGGCGAGGAAUGAGGUUCUCCAUCGCGCCGUAUUUCCAUUAGCUCUUUGCACCGCCUGAUUGGAGGGAGGAGAAUCCGGUUCCCUUCUCGUAGGCGUAUGUUGUGCAGGCGAAAGAAAGGGGGAAUAGUUGGGUGGUAUGACACGAUGAGAUGAACAUUCGCGUUGUCUGGAUUCGGUUCGUAGGAUAUUACUUUCAUGAUGCUCUUUUCGCGCGCUUCUCUUGGAAAGCUAAGAAGAGAUUUGUCAAUGACUGUUGGCCACCAAAGACAGAUUAAUUAAGCAUAAUGUGUCUAAGAGGUGUAUGCGAUGGGAAUGCAUUGAACAGCGACCGUCUCCUUUCGCUGUCCUUCGGCCUAGAAUUUACGUGAUCAAAUCAUUGCAAAAA